GUGGUUAAAAUGUUGUGGUGGGUGGUAUGGCCUUCUCGUUUUUCGCUCAUUUCAUUUUCUUUUUAUAUGUAAAAUUUACGACAAUUAUCGACAUACGAAGAAUUGUGCGAAACGCGCAAAUAAGCCGUUAAUAAAAGAAGAAGAGCUGACCGCGUUUUCGAUUACAGAAAAAUGGAAAUAAUAUAAAUCUUUGUAGUGGUUUUGUUGGAUAUUCUAGAAGUAUUUUAAUUUUGUGUUUUGCUACUAAGUAGCGUAAAAUAAGAACAAAGUGACUUAAUUCAAAAGCAAAUAAAAAGUAUUACAACAUAAAAAUAGGAAUCAUGAAUGUAACAGUCGUUGUUUCUGGAUUACCAGACAAAGUGUCUUUAAAAGAAUUAGCUUGCAACUUUGACAAAUUGUUCAACACUGAUGACGUGGGAACUUUUCGACUACGAGAUCUUUCAAAUGAAAAUGAAUCACGUUUAGUGGCAUUGGAUUUCGAAAAUGGUUUUUCUGCCAUGACUGUGCAACUGAUGUUGGAUGGCUUUCAAUAUAAAUUACCUAAUGGUGAAGAGUAUAAACUAAAAUGUAAAAUAUCUAAAAAUAAGAAACACUUACAAUUAGCUCCUAUUACUUAUGAACACAAUGACUACACAUGUGUAUCGAAGUAUGAUUAUUAUUCAAAUUCUGUAGUAACUUUUAAUGAAGAUAUGAUAGAAAGGCAAAACUCAAACUUAGAUGCGCAGUUAAAAUUAUUGAAAAAGAAAAAAAUGUUAGUAGAAGCUGAGAGGGAAUUAGUGAAAGCAAAAAGGAAAUUGAAAAAGGAGUACUGUAAAGUUGCUAGUGAUUCUGAGGACGAAAACUCGAGUGGUUCACAUAAACAUACUAAAAUGCCGAAAUCGUCAAAGUCUCGAAAGAGAAAAUCAAAAUCACGGGACAGACACAGCUCAUCUACGUAUUCUCCGCCUUCUAAAUACUCAUAUACUUCCACUAAAUCAAGGCAUAAAUCAAAAUCCUUGUCCAGAUCUUCAUCGAGGUCGAGAAAGUCACCAUCAUUAACCAGGUCGACAAGGACACAUGUGUCACGAAGAUUGAGAUCACCACGUAAAACUUCAAAAUUAUAUGAUGAUUGCUCUAUAUACCCUUCUGCAUCAAACAGAUCACCGAGUCAGUCUAGAAGAUUAUCAAACAAAGAAACUUCUCUUGUAUUAUAUGAGCCAAGAAAAAGCUCAUGCAGUUUAUAUGAAAAAUCGUAUGCUUACAAGACAUCGCCAUCAUUUAAAAGGUCUCCGUCUUCCUCGAGAAGGUUAUCGCAUAAAGAAAAAUCGUCUUCUUUCAGAAGAUCUAGGAGUAGAGAAUCACCGUAUUAUAGAAACAGAUCUUGGACAAGAAGGACAUCACCAAGUUAUUAUAGGAGCUCUAGAUAUAGCAGAAUUCAUGGUUCUCCAUUAGACGUAAAAGAUUAUAAGGAUGAUACAUAUUCCAGAAGAAAGUAUGAUAAUUAUGAUGAAAACAAAAUUCAGAGCACAUCCCAGACUACUUCAAAUAGCAUCAAGUGUGCUAUAAGAAAGGUUAUUAUUGAAAUCGAUAAUCUAGUUCAAAGGGAACUUAAAACACUUUCUUUAAAUGAUAUCAAUAUUGUAACAAAUGUAUUUAAAGACUAUGUCAAAAAUGGAAUAAGGCAAUUAAAUAAUGUAGUUAAUGAAGAUAUGGCAGUCUCUGAAAUUCUGAAUGAAUACAGAUGUUAUCGUAGUACAGAGGAAGACAAAAGUUUUUUUCUGAAAUUAAUAAAUGAAUUGAAGCCUAUUGAUAUGAAGAAAACUAUUGAAAAUAAUGAUAAUAUAUCAAUACGCCAAUCGGAUGUUUGGGAUGACAUUGAUGAAGUACUUCAAGAAAUUCCUACGGAAAUACUCCAGGAUAACAAUGACACUAGUGUUUCGAAUAACAAUGACAGUGGGAUCCUGAUUACGAAUACGACUGAACAAUCAGAUGUCAUAAGAAUCCAUAUAGAUUUGAAAAUACACCCGGAAUCAAAAUGUUCGGAAGCAGCCAGUAAUGAUACAGAUGGUCAUAAAUCAAAGAUAUACACAAGUGAUUGGUUUAAUAAAUAUACAUCUACAAAUGGAAACAUUAAUGUUCAAGAUGAAAAGCCUGAAGAAGUAGAAGACAAAUUAUCAUCUGAAAUAAUUAUUAUCAGCGAUGAAGAGAAAAUUGUGCCUAAAAAAGAAAAUAUUGAACAACUACAGCAAAUAUUGGAUAAUAUAUUACAGGAUUUUAUUGAGGAAAAAAGUAGACUCGAAAACAAAGCUUUAGAAAAUACCGAAAAUGAUAAACAAGUAAUCGCAAAACCAGACACAGUAGUUCCUAAAAGGCCUCAAUUUAUAAUACCGGUAAAAAAACUGAUGAUCCAAAUGAAAACACUGUUAAAAUUAAAUUCUGAAUGUAAAUAUUUGCAUAACAUAACACAAAUUGUUUUAAGGGAAAGAUUAAGAAUUCUAUUAAUGGAAAAGGAACAAAUGAAAUCAGCACAAAUUGUUGCACUAUACAGAUCUCAUUAUCCAAAAGAAGACGAUGAAAUAUUUUUAAAAUGCAUUAUAGAGGUUGUUAACAGUGGUAAAUAUCACGAAUUGUGUGAAAAACAAUAAAAAAAAAGAUAUAUUAUCAUGCUUUAUAUAGUUGGGAACAGGUUUUCCUUUGUAUGUUGACAAUGUAUUUCAGAAAUUGCUUUUAAUUAGGUAACACAAGUACAAAGUUUAUGAUUUGUCAAAGAGUAUGUUCCUAUGUUACUAAUAAAAGUUGUCAUGAUUUGUUUUGUU